UGUGGGAACCUUUCUUAUGACAAAGAUGACAGGAAAGCUGCUUCUGUUUCUCACUGUCUGUCUACUUAAAGAUGCCAUUUGUAGCAAAUUUGAGGCCUCUUUGCAAUCGACUGUGGAGGUUUUGAGAGGAUGUUUUGUGACUAUUCCCUGCUCUUUUGAUUUUGAGGAUAACUAUAAAAAGGAUUUCACUGACAAAUGUGUAAGAAGCUGGGUUGACAAUAAUAACCUUGCACUUGUGAAUAAAACCAAAAUAAUAGGAAAGUUGCAAGAAAAAAACUGCACCACUGAGUUUAAGGUUAUGAAACCUGAAACCUCCAACAUUUACUACUUUAGACUGGAUUGCAAUAACGAUCUCAAGUACAGUUAUAAAAAAUCAGGCUUACAUUUCCAGGUCAAAGAACACUUUCCCCCGCCCACUUUGACUCCUUCUGUCCUGGAGGUCACUGAGGGAGAGUCAGUGAAUCUGACGUGCUCUGCUCCAAAUCUCUGUCCAUUUCAUCCUCCAACAUUGACAUGGAUCCCUAUAUUGGGUUCCAUUCAGGAGACACUGCGGGAAAACAAGAACAAAACUAUGUUUAAGAUUUCUGUCCUUAAUUUCACUGCUUCCCGCCAUCAUCAGAACAUCUCUUGCACGGCUGUCUACAAGGCACAAAAUGGAACCUCUGUCUCAACUGAGAAAAAAAUAACGGGAAAUAUUUUGUUUACACCAUUGCUCCUGCCUACAUCGAACUGUACUGAAACUGAAAGUCAGAUCAACUGUACCUGUGAAACUUUGAGUAAUAUUCCCAUGAUACAAUGGCUUUUGGAUGGAAAACCCAUCAAUCAAUCUAGCAAAGUUCCUAUUAUCACCGUCCCUCUGAAUAAGACAUAUCUGAGGAGCAUCGCCAUUUUGGACAAAACACAGAGCAAAAAUCGUUCCUCCUUGAUCUGUAUCAGCUUUAACCAUUUGGGAUUAGCUUCUAAAGAAUUUCUUGUUGAUCUCUUAAAAACUCAAGAUAAACAGCUGUUGAUUGUGUUUACUACUACAAUUGCCAUCCUACUUGUCAUAGUAUGUGUCUUGGUGUUAAUAAUCAGGUUUCAGAAGAUCCAACAUGCCCCUGAAAUCAACACAGUUGGAGCAAAAGAGGUAACGGACAUGCCAGAAGAUAUUUAUGUCAACACCACAGAGCUUUGGAACCAAUGGACAUAGACAAUAAUUUGUAUUUGUUCUAAAUUAAAUGCUGUUUUGUUGUCGAUCAAAGAAAGAAACCAAA